AUUUUCCAAGAUGCAAAAGAAACGUAUUGGUGGACGAGGUAUACUCGAUAAACUUCACCGUGGCGCCGUUUACGCCUGCCUUGGUGUCACUUUAUAUGGAACAUUUUUACUUGGCAUGAGAGGCUGGAGAUACUACACCGUUGUCCGGCCCGAAAGACAAAAACAACUUUUGGAAGAAGGGGCAUCAACCCGAACUGAACAGCAGGACACAGCAAAAGAAUUGAAAUGUUAAAGUUAUUUUAUUUUUUGGUUGUUUCUUAAUCGUUAAACAAUAAUAUAAUUAAUUAUGAUUACUUUAAUAUAAAGUACAGUAAAAUUAA